AUGGUGAAGGAGGAAUUCCCCACCUGGGGAGAACGAGGAGAAGCUUCAAUCACGCUCAGUCUGGGAAACAGGGGAGAGGAGCGGGUGAGCAGCCGGGACCUGAGCCACCUGCGUAAGCGGGACGCCCUCCGCAUCCUGGCCAGCUACGAGCAGCCCAUCAUGCUGCAGCUGGAGGGCCACCGACGCGGCCGCAGCUUGCACCUCCAACACACCUCCGACUGCAGCACGCAGACUGAGCGGCCCUGGGACCCGCUGAGGGGGCUGGGCUGCGGGGUGACAGCCUCCACCAUGCCCCGGAGCCACCCCUACCAGGAAAGGCUGUACUACAAUCACAUGAGUCUGCCUCGUGAGCUGCGGGAGGGGGCCCGGUACGAGUACCUGCCUAACGCACCGCGAGAUGUGGAGGAGCUGCAGCACCUCGAGUACCAGGAGCGUGCGAUUGCUAACAGGGAGCCUCCGGGACAGAACUGCCUAAUUGGCUGCUGCAACAGCAACCUGGAGGAACCCAGCAGCUUCCCCAGCCAGACGGAGGACGAAGACUUUGUACAAGACAAGCAAGUGGGCUACCUGCCCCUGCACCACGAGCUGGACAGCGGCCUGGGCUGGACCGACGGGAGCUUCCACCAGGGGGAGUUGUCGGGUGUGGAGACGGAGGAGGGCCUGGAAGAGUGCCACGCCCACAUGGGUGGUGGCGGCGGCGGCGGCUCGCCUUCGUCCGAGUCGUUCAUCUCGUCCGAGCUGAGCGACUCGGGCUUCCACAGCGUGAGCACAGGCGAGUUCCUGCGCUUCCAGAGGCUGCUUGAGAAGCGCAUGCGGCUCUACAACGCCCGCAUGCUGCACCAGGGGGAGAUGUGCACCAGGGAACGCCGUGACAGCAGCCAGAAGGCCAUGCACCGCGAGCUUGAGGCAAUCCCUGAGGCCCUGACGGUGCAGCCACACCCGCAGCCACACCCCCACCUGCAGCAGAACCACUUUGUGCAAACACCGGAUGGUCAGGUCAUGGGCCCACGUGGCCUGUUCCGUGUGUCGUCGGUGCAGUUCCGGAAGGCCGAUCGGCCCUGCUUGAACCGGCACAGCUCCAGCAGUGGCUCGCUGUUCAACCCCCACGCCAGCCUGUCCACGUGCAGCACGCCGUCUGGCCAGCGGAGACCCAUGCCCCCCCAGAGCGCCUCCACGGGCAUGCUGAGGAGGAGCCGCACGCUGCACCACCGGCCCACGCAGAUGGAGCCCAGACGGCGCGCCAGCCACCCGUCGUCACCCAACUACUGCAGUGCCACCAUGUACCACUGUGGGGACGGUGGCCGAGGUGGUGGUGGUGGUGGUGGUGGUGUGGGUGGAGGGCUCGCUCCAGGGCUGCAGAAGGAGAGGGAGCUGGCCCGCUCGCAUCCUGCCGACUUCGCCAACGCCAUGCAAGUGCAGCACACGAGGAUGGCCCCUACUCAAGAGCAGCAUCACUACCCCCCACACAGGGAACUGUACCACCCAGGGGACCACGGGCCCAAAUCACUGGCCAUCGAGUACCGCCAGGACAGCAGGCCAGAUCAGAGCUACAUCGCCGAGCUGGCGGCAGCACGCGAGCGAGAGAGGGAGAGGGAGAGGGAGAGAGAACGCGAAAGAGAGCGGGAGCGAGAACGAGAGCGCGAGAGGGAGAUGGAGCGGCUGCGCGAACGGGAGCGCGAGCACCAGCGGGAGCGGGCGGCCCGCUUCCACACUCUGGGCCACACACCGUCGUCCCAGUCGCAGGACAUCCAUGAGACCUGGCCCAAGCCAGCCGUGCGGCAGGGGUCGGUGAGCGGUGGCGGCCUGUACAGCACACUGGAGGCCCACAUACCAGAUCCGGGCUCCAGGAAAGCCUCGUCGGGCAACCCGCGGGCCCUCCGUAACCAGCUCCUGCGUGACCGGGCCUCGCGGCUGGCCGACGAGCGCGGAGGCAUGAGCACGGACGAGGAGAGCGAGGUGCGCAUCGGCCGCUACUGGAGCCGCACUGAGCGUAGAGAGCACAUCAUGCAACAGAGGCAGCAGCAGCAACAGCAGCAACAGCAGCAACAUCAGCAGCAGCAGCAGCAGCAACAGCAGCAACAGCAGCAACUACACCAGCAGCACCAGGCACGCAUGGGCCCCCCAGGCGCCUGCAUGGCUAGUGGGGUUGGUGGCAUGAGAGCCGGACCCCUUGGAGAUGGACGUUGCAGCACCGUGCUGGAGCUCAGCCAGCGGAAGCUGAGCCGCAUGCGGAACCGCAAGGUGCUGGACGACUGGACCACGGUGGAGGAGCUGCUGACGCACGGCACGCGGCUGGGCAGUGGCGAGGAGAUCCUGUGCCCCAGCUCACUGCUCACGGUCACCACUGUGUAGCCACUUCUUGUAGUAAGACACUUGUGAGAGUCGUGUUGAGUCGACUUGAGUCGUGUGUGCGUGCGAGUGUGUGUGUAUGAGUCGGACUAUGUGUUUGUGUAUUACUGCCUGCACCAAAUAUGGCUACCUCUUGUCCUUGGAAUCAAAACACACACUUGCAAAACACAGUGAUGAUGAUGGUGGUGAUCAUAGUUUUUAUUUGUUGCGAGCGAAAUUUUAUGCUAGUGCUUGUUUUAGCCCUUGUUAGAGAGGUUGGUGCGAUUUUUGGACUUUGGGUUUUUUUUGGUUUAACAUUCGACAAUGAUGACAAUGAGGUGCAUUUCUACCAGGUGAUGUAAGCAAUAAUGUGCUGCCAGGGUAUUUUAAAAAGAGAUACAGCAGUGCAUCGAAGAAAAAAAACACCACCAAAUCAAUUUAAAUAUAAUGCACCUUAAUCACGGUUGCACAUUUUCUAACAGUGACAUUAGUUUUCAAUAAGUACAGAAACGUAUUGAUAUCUUCAUUUAAAUUUAAUACCAUCCCUGAACCUGUGUUUCAAAUCUGCUCGAGGCACAGAAGAUGAGACUCCAAAAGACUCCUCUGCGGAGGGAACACUAAAAGGUCAAAUGCUCUGGCAUUUACUCUCAAGCAAGAGCCUCAGCCCUUUUCCUGAAUCACAACUUUGUUUUGUUUUUUGAGGAGAAAGAAGGACGGACGCCUGAUCCAUUUUUUUUAUUAAGCUAGUUAGUUUUGGUUCCAGGUUGACUAGCAAGCUGUCCACCAUUGGUGGAAGUAGAGACUGUGAUUGAUAUCUGAGCUGUAGCCUGACAGAGGGACCCUGAGAGCAAGUGUGGCUAGAUUGGGAGAAAGCCUUCGGACCGUGGUGGUAGUGGUUGCAUUCUCAGUCUUAAGGCCAACUUUGUACAUUUGUUUAUUUAUGUUUGUUCUCGUUUUGUUUUUAGGAGAGUAAAAUUGUAACUGUGUACAGUAGUUUGAAAAACGAACAAAAAAUAUUUUUCUUGUGCAAAUCACAAUUGAUGUCAUAUGAGAAAAAAAGAUAGUUUUAUAUUGUUUGUACAAAAAAAAGGGAGAAUAGAAAAAGGGAGUGAUGCAACAAUUUAUUCUACAAAAAUAUUUAAGUCAGAAGAAUAUACACUUAUGUUAGGUGACUGAACUUGCUGUGGUACAGUAGUCUUUGUUUCACAUUGUUAUGCUCCUUCAGUUGGCUAUGUGCACUACAAACAAAGCACUUCUUAUGAGACUUACCAGGGACACAGACUUACUUAGGGGCCAAUUUACACAUGUCUACUUAUUCAUAUUUACUGCAACACAUUUGAAUUUACAACAUCUACAACAUUUGAUUAUUUGUUGCAUGUCGAUAUACCAAAUAUGAACGAGAAGAAGAAAAAAAGAAUGAAUAAAAACACAAAAAAAACUAAAACACGAACUUUGGGCCAGAGUAUGGUAUGGGAAUUUUUAAUCUGUGAACUCUUGUUAAAGACUAUCGCCUCCGGAAGCUGAUGUUUUUCUCUCUGACAGUAUUUCACGAAGGGUAUGUAGAUGCAGUGGGUGUUUGGCGUUACUUCCUGCUACUGUUUACAUCAUUCACACAUACUAUUUGUGGAACGCGGGCACACACCUUGUUGCACUAAGAGCACUUGCAAAAGACACAAUUUCUCACCUUCCACCAGAGUGACUCUCAUAUUUUUGUUCAGAGGCUGAAAAAAAAGUGAGUGAGCAACAGAUGAAAGGAGGGAGAGAAGAAGAGGGAGAGAGAAAGAAAUAGAACACCCUCUCCUCUUUUCCCACCCAAGUGUACCCCCCCAUCCCCCCCCAAAACCAUCAUCUUCCCAACACUCAGCAGCCUGACCACGUCAUUUUCACAAUGACUCAAGUGUGGGGAAUAAUGGAUGUAAAAGACAGGAUUUAGCAAUGCUUUGCGCAUGGAUCGGAGGUGCCAAAAAUAGACCCUUUUCCUUGGAAAAAGCCCCCCUCCUUCCCCCUCCUGUCCCUUCUUCACGAGCCUCCAGGGUAUAUCUUAGUUAAAACCUCCUCUCCCCGCUCAUCCACCACCAACCCCUCUUCUGCUCCGUGUUCAGUUCCUUAUUCAUCAUAACCAAUCUGUUCUGACUCUCUCUCUCUCUCUCUCUCUCUGCUCUAUUUAGUAACAGCUUGUGUGUCUCUUCUGAAACCAACAUCCAUUACUUUUUUCUGUUGGGAUAUGAUGUACAUGUGGUUGUA